GAAGCCAGCUGUCCAAGCGCACGUUUCCAACAUGAGUUCGCCGGGGAGAGGCUGUCGAGCUGGGAAGGCGAGCGGCGCUUUUUCCUCAGGCACCGCCGCCGCCGAAGCAGCAGCAGUCGCCUGCCGCGCGAGCGCCGGGCGAAGCAAAAGGGGAGAAGCAGCGCGACGGGGGAUAUAAAGCUACAGUUGUUCCUACCAUCUUCUGCUGUCAGUUAAUAGAACAGACAUGUUCAGCCCAAACUAGAGAAAUUCACAACUUUGGUGAACAGAGACUUGUGCAGUAUGUUCUGUACCAAACUGAAAGACCUGAAGAUCACUGGCGAGUGCCCUUUUUCAUUAUUGACCCAAAGUGGGAUUUCAGAUGAAAAUGAGGAUGAAUGUGCAGAAGUGGCAAAUAGUUCCAAGGCUGCUUUGCCAAUUUGCAGAGAAAAGACUACGCACGGGAACCUUCCACAAAGGAAAACCAGCAGGAGCCGAGUGUAUCUGCACACUUUAGCUGAGAGCAUCUGCAAACUCAUCUCUCCUGAGUAUGAAAGGUUAUAUCUUGCAUUUCAGAGGACACUAGCAAAUAAUAAAAUAAAAGAAACAAGGAAUUCUGAGGAAAGAGAAGACUUUGAAAAGCUAAUCACCGACCAUGCAAAUGCAUCAGGAGUUCCAGUAAACAUUAUGAAGGAAUCGCUUGGUGAAGAGCUUUUCAAAAUAUGCUAUGAAGAAGAUGAGCAUAUCCUAGGAGUUGUCGGGGGCUCCCUUAAAGACUUUUUGAACAGUUUCAGUACUCUUCUGAAGCAGAGUGCUCACUGCCACGAAGCAGAAAAAAAGGGUAGACUUGAAGAGGUCUCAAUACUGUGCUUGGAAAAGGACCCAGAUUUCUUAAACGUGUACUAUUUCUUUCCCAAGAAAACAACCAGCAUCAUCCUGUCCGGCAUUAUCAAAGCAGCAGCUCACAUUUUGUAUGAAACAGAGGUUGAAGUGACGGUGAUGCCCCCUUGCUUCUGCAAAGAUAGCGCUGAGUUUAUUAACCAGCCAUAUUUGUUGUACUCUGUGCAAGUCAAAAGUGCAAAGCCAUCUUUAUCUCCGUGUAAACCUCAGUCUUCUCUUGUGAUUCCUGCUUCUAUGUUCUGCAAGACUUUCCCAUUUCAUUGCAUGUUUGACAAGGAUAUGGCUAUUCUGCAAGUUGGCAAUGGUAUAAGGAGACUGUUGAGCAGGAAAGAAUUUCAAGCAAAGCCAAACUUUGAUGAGUGGUUUGAAAUCCUGGCCCCUAAAAUAAACUCCACGUUUGGUGGGAUCAUGACAAUGCUAAACAUGCAGUUUACUAUAAGAGUGAGACGAGGGGACAACACUCUUAAAAGGUCAACAGGGGUUAUGGACCUUAAAGGACAGAUGAUCUACAUCAUUGAGUCCAGUGCCAUCUUGUUCUUGGGAUCCCCCUGUGUGGAUCGACUAGAAGACUUUACAGGACGUGGCCUCUAUCUUUCAGAUAUUCCGAUUCAUAAUGCACUUAGGGAUGUUGUUUUAAUAGGAGAACAAGCCAGAGCUCAAGAUGGACUGAAGAAAAGGCUAGGAAAACUUAAGGCUACUCUUGAGCAGGCACACCAAGCCCUUGAAGAGGAGAAAAAGAAGACAGUAGAUCUUCUGUGCUCUAUUUUCCCCGGAGACGUUGCACAGCAGCUGUGGCAAGGACAAGUUGUACAGGCCAAGAAAUUUUAUAAUGUGACAAUGCUUUUUUCUGACAUCGUAGGGUUCACUGCUAUCUGUUCCCAGUGUUCACCUAUGCAGGUUAUCACAAUGCUCAAUGAGCUCUACACUCUCUUUGAUUAUCAGUGUGGAGAGCUGGAUGUCUAUAAGGUAGAAACCAUUGGAGAUGCAUACUGUGUGGCUGGAGGCUUACACAAGGAAAGUGAGACCCAUGCUAUUCAGAUUGCUUUGAUGGCUUUGAAAAUGAUGGAGCUGUCCAAUGAAGUGAUGUCUCCACAUGGAGAGCUCAUCAAGAUGCGCAUAGGUCUGCAUUCCGGCUCGGUCUUUGCUGGCGUCGUCGGUGUUAAAAUGCCGCGCUAUUGCCUAUUUGGAAACAACGUAACACUUGCCAACAAGUUUGAGUCUUGCAGCGUUCCUAGGAAAAUAAAUGUCAGCCCAACAACCUAUAGGUUACUAAAAGAUUAUCCAGGAUUUGUAUUUACUCCUCGUUCAAGGCAGGAACUUCCUCCCAACUUUCCAAGUGAUAUUCCCGGGAUCUGUUACUUUCUUGAUGCUUACCUUCAAGGAACAAAUUCAAAGCCCUGGUUUCAAAAGAAGGACGCUGAAGAUGGAAAAGCAAAUUUCUUAGGGACACCAACAGGAGUAGACUAAGCUGUGCUUUCUUGCAUUUUCAGAAUGAGUUCUGUAUGAACUGAACAUUCAAAAAAAGGAAACAUGACAGCACUUUAGCUUGUUAACACCUGAAAGCCAGUAUUAAAAUUACCAAAAAACAGGUAUCACAUACUACUUUUAAUUUUGGCAGUUUGGAAGGGGAAGAAGCAGGAGUAGCCCAUAUUAGUGACACCUCAUGUAACAAUGAAAGGGGGAAAGCCCAGGCACCUAAUAUUUCUUUUCCUCUUGCAAACAGCUGCUUUACCAAGGUGAGUCUGAUAAGGGCCCCCUACUUCCCUAGAGUAUGUGCUUGACACUUCUCUCGACUUCCCAGUCUUUAGGAAUCACUUCUGGAGGGACAGCAUUCAAAACAAGCAGAACUGAGCUGCUUGCUAUAUGAACAGCAUAACAUGUAGCACUGCUCUUUCUUGAAAUAUAUUUGGGUUACUUAGUGGUGGGUGGGUGGGGAGGUGUUGCUCACCAGGCUUCUCAACACCCAAGUGCCACUGCUGGCACCAAGAAGGAUGGGGGAAUGGCAAAGUGGGCAGGGAGUGUGGUGCAAUGGUGCAUGCCUGGAAGAACCAAUUCAUGCUUCCAUUGCCAUGCCUGCACCACACCAAACUCUCUACCACCUUAUCUCUUUCUUGGUAACUAGUAGUGAUGCUUGGCAUUGGGAAGCCAGGUGAGCAAUGCCACAUUGCCCACUGCUGGUUUUAAACAUGCACAUUGAAUACAUUGCAAAGAGAAGGCCUACCUAGAUGCAAAUGGAAUUGGUGUCUAGCCUCUCAUCCUCAUUCUGCCUACAGGGCCUCACAGAUGCUACAGUACCAUCUAGGUUGUAGCCUGGAAUGACACUAUAGGCCACCAUUGAUUUGAUGGGGAGAAGGCUGUUUGGUUCAUAAGUGGGGGAAGCGAAAAUAUGCCCAAUCUCAGUUAUUGCACACUGCAAGCCAUGCAGCCUUUUCUUAAUUUCCAUUUACAGCCCAUUAUUACUAUAGUGGUAUUUUAAAAUGUAUAGCAGAAACAAAGUUGACAAACUAUUCCUAAUCUUAAUUCUUCCAGCACCAUACCUCAAUGUGCUUUUCGUUAUGCGGUGGGUUUUCACACGGUAGCUCAGAAUGCAUUUGUAGUGCAUGGCGUUCACGUUGCAUGCAUACAGAAUGCACUACAGAUCAGGAUCUAGGCCCCAUGUGUACACUGUGAUACUUUAUGCAUUCUCAAUGACACCAAAAAUGGCUUGGCUGGACAUUUUUUCUGCCUUUGCAUCCAUUAGUCCUGGCAAUUAACAAAGAGAGUAAAAUUCUUGUCAGGAUGGUAAAAUACUGACCAAUUCUGAAACUAAGUUAGGAGGGAUUUUUCCUUUUAGAAACUGUUUUUUUCUGCCACACUCUGGGUCCAAGCAAUUCUGUGUAGUAAGAUCUCCUUCCUCUGUCCUCUCCCUCCAUCUCUGACUUGUAAAUGUUCCUCUUCAUUUGUACAACACCCUGAAAUUAUUCUUGACAUACCUGUCUGAAAAUGGAAUUUCUUUUUUUCUAAAACUUACUGCUCUGACUUCUCUACUUCCUACAGUUUCCUACUUCUUCUCUCAUGUGAUAUAAGAAGUAUGUGUCAUCAUUAAUAUGUGUCAUCAAAAUAAUUAGGAAAGAGAGGAAGCAUAACAUGAUGGCACAACCUCAAUUUUUGGAAGGCAUGGAAGCCAUCCAUGAAUCAGAAUGUCAUACUGAUUUUUUCAUCCCAAAUUAGAAAGCUUAAGCAGGAUCAUAGAAUCGUAGAGUUGGAAGAGACCGCAAGGGUCAUCUAAUCCAACCCCCUGCAAUACAGGAAUCUUUUGCCCAACAUGGGGCUCCAACCCACGAGCCUGAGAUUAAGAGUUUCAUGCUCUUUUACCAGCUGAGAAGCAUAUAAAGUGGCCAAAGUGUCCUAAAAUAUGGGACAUCCUUUUUCACUGCAUUGCUGCAUCAUUUUAAGUAAAGCUCUGUUCGGUAUUAACCAUUUCCUGAAAGGCACAGGUUAAUGAGGUAUUAAAAGGCCAAGCAUUUCACUUAGACUGCAAUCCUAUGCACACUUACCUGCAAGUCCCUUUGAAGUUAAUGGGACUUAAUUUUGAGUAGGCCUAUAUUUGAUUGCUCUUGCAUAUAUGGUUAUCAGCUGUUUUCAGUGCUAGUAUACAGAUAUGUCACUUACUGCUUCCUGAACUUCUUUCACUGUCAAUAAAUUAUACCAAUGUGUGUAUAUGUGUGUGUGUGAUUAUAAUCAAAUGCUAAAACCUCUGUAAUCAAACUUAUAAAUCUGAUUUCAAGGGGAACAAAUCUCCCCUGUUAUGUAUUAUAGCAAUAAAUGUUUUCUUUUCGUUGCUAUUUAAGUUUAUAUUAAAGUGUAAAGUAAACUAUUCCACAGUAUCGACCAUUUCUAAACAGAUUGCAUUGCAUUCAGUACAGAAGUGUAAGGAAUAUAUAUACGGUGUAUAUAUAUAUAUAUAUAUAUAUAUAU